AUGCAGCUGCAUAAUUACCAAGAGCGCUACUUGGUCAGCUGCGUUUUCGGCUAUCUAAAGGAACACGAAGGUGAAGGUGGAGCAGAAGAGCAAGAACCUGGUCCAUCUCAUGGGCAAUCUGUGAUAGGCGGUGAUGUACCAAUCUACAAGCAGUUUACGGAGCCGCUACCCGAAAGUGAGGGAGGUGAUAGAACUCCUCCACGUCUUGUGAUCGAUGAUGAAAGCGAAGGAGAUGAGGUUGUGGAGCAGGAAGGACGAGAUGAAGGCGGAUGGCUACCUGAGGAAGGGGAG